CCGCGCCCAAUCACGGGCGAGUCCAUCGCAAAACCACUAUAAAAUGCAUCGUAGGCUCCUGUCUCACUUCCACUAUCAGCUCAACCGUCCCUACGGCGCAGCUUAGCACGAUCCACCUCCGGCAUACAGCUAUGGCAGCUGCGUCUUCAUCGACUCUCUUUCCAUCAAACAAGCUCUCGUCUAAUUCUCUGUCACGGAAGCUAUCGUUGGCCCCCGCCUUCUCUGUCGCCGUCGUGGUGCCCCGUCGGCGUCGGUCGUUAGUGGUGGUGGCGACGGCCUUGGAUGCGAAACCGACGGUUUUGGUUGCGGAAAAGCUGGGAGCGGCGGGGCUCGAUCUGCUGAAAGAUUUUGCUAACGUUGAUUGCGCGUAUAAUCUGAGCCCGGAGGAGCUGUGCACCAAGAUCUCGCUCUGCGACGCCUUGAUCGUCCGUAGUGGAACCAAGGUGAGUCGAGAGGUGUUCGAGGCAUCAAGCGGCCGUUUGAAGGUAGUCGGACGGGCUGGCGUCGGUAUCGAUAACGUGGAUCUGGCCGCGGCGACAGAGCAUGGGUGCCUUGUGGUGAAUGCGCCCACGGCGAAUACGGUUGCGGCGGCGGAGCAUGGGAUCGCCCUCCUAACGGCGAUGGCGAGGAAUGUUGCGCAGGCUGAUGCGUCUGUGAAAUCUGGGAAGUGGCAAAGGAACAAAUAUGUGGGUGUUUCUCUUGUUGGGAAAACGCUUGCUGUGAUGGGGUUUGGUAAGGUUGGGUCAGAAGUUACCCGACGUGCCAAGGGGCUUGGUAUGCAUGUGAUUGCACAUGAUCCAUAUGCAGCUGCAGACCGUGCCCGUGCAAUAGGUGUGGAACUUGUGGGCUUUGAUGAAGCCAUAUCAACUGCAGAUUUCAUAUCACUUCAUAUGCCCCUUACUCCUGCUACAUCAAAGAUGCUCAAUGAUGAAACUUUUGCCAAAAUGAAGAAAGGAGUUCGGAUAAUUAAUGUUGCUCGUGGGGGGGUAAUUGAUGAAGAAGCUCUUGUGAGGGCACUGGAUGCUGGAAUUGUUGCACAGGCUGCUCUUGAUGUUUUCACAGAAGAGCCACCCCCAAAAGACAGCAAAUUAAUACAACAUGAAAAUGUAACUGUGACUCCCCAUCUCGGUGCCAGCACUAUGGAAGCUCAGGAAGGAGUAGCCAUUGAGAUAGCUGAAGCUGUUGUUGGAGCCUUAAAGGGGGAGCUUGCUGCUACUGCAGUCAACGCACCAAUGGUUCCUGCAGAGGUUCUGUCAGAGCUGAAACCAUUCGUUGAACUUGCUGAAAAACUUGGGAGACUUGCUGUCCAGUUAGUAUCCGGUGGAAGUGGUGUAAAGUCGGUGAAAGUGACAUAUGCUUCUGCCAGGGCUCCUGAUGACCUUGACACAAGGCUACUCCGAGCCAUGAUCACCAAGGGUCUGAUUGAGCCCAUAUCCAGUGUUUUUGUGAACUUGGUGAAUGCUGAUUUCUCUGCUAAACAGAGAGGACUCCGAAUAACAGAAGAACGAUCAAUUCUAGAUGGUUCACCUGAGAGUCCACUUGAGUUCAUCCAGGUUCAGAUUGCUAAUGUGGAAUCAAAAUUUGCCAGUGCCAUUUCUGAGUCUGGGGAGAUUACAGUGGAGGGACGUGUGAAAGAUGGGAUUCCCCAUUUGACAAAGGUAGGGUCUUUUGAAGUGGAUGUGAGCUUGGAAGGUAGCAUUAUACUUUGCAGACAGGUAGAUCAGCCGGGUAUGAUUGGAAAGGUCGGGAGCAUUUUGGGGGAGGAGAACGUGAAUGUGAGCUUCAUGAGCGUUGGAAGAGUUGCGCCUCGGAAGCAUGCUGUAAUGGCUAUUGGAGUGGAUGAGCAACCUAGCAAGGUAACGCUGAAGAAGAUUGGGGAGAUUCCAGCUGUAGAAGAGUUUGUUUUCCUCAAGUUGUAAUGUGAAAUCUUCGUAUCUGUGUGCUUGGAUCCCAAUUUUGAUGAUUUGCAUCGAGUGUCUUGUAUGUUUUGUAGUACCUUUAGCGGAGGGGGAAAAGAAUAAUCCAGAUGUACGAUAUGAAGCAUGUUCUUCAUUAAGUUGCAAUUAUCUUCGUUUCAAGUUUCAACUAUGCUUUUGCGGGUCUCCCGUUCAGAUU